GUGGAUUUUACCUUCAGCUGUAGAGAAGCCAUUUUAUGUGCAUCGUGUAUAGUACAUAGCAAUUUGUAGCUCAAUUUGCAUUACAAAAUGCCACGGAAGAAAUCUGAAGACUUUUACAGGACCCACGGGUUCACCGCGAAUUUCGAGAACGGUAAAUAUUCUGCCACAUGCCAUAAUUGCAACAAGGUUCUCCAGAAUACCGCGCUUUCCCGCUUGUCGUUACACAGGCAAACCUGCGAUUCGAAGCUAAGUAGAAUUCCUGUAGUAUUGCGUUCCUCCGAGCCGAAAGAACAGGACGAUGGUCCCAGAAUCAAGAUCCAGAAAAUUUCGACCGACGAAGAUGAUACCGAAGGCAAGGAGAUUAUUGUUAAGAUACAACAAAUUCUGGAUGAGGCUGCUGCGGCUGAGAGUGCCAAAGCCCAGCCCACAAUAAAAACGGAGAUUCGCAGAUCGAAAACGAAAAACGAAGAACCGGAAGAGCAAAAUAUGGAAUUUGAAAUCUCUAAUAUUGAGAUACCAAACCGCGACUAUGUUGAUUACAUGGACGAAAGCAAAGAGCACUACAUAUUGCAGCAAAAUCCGGAUGACUUGGCCAAUGGAAUGGCGACUAUCGUCGAAGCCAGGCCAAGAAACAAUUUAGCCGCCCUGAGAGCGGAAAAGGCGCGAGCAGAGAUCAAACAAUUCCAGAGCAAGACCAAGUUCUUGAAAACUGAAACGGAGAACCUGAAGCUGGAGCGCACUCUGACCUUGCUUCGAAUUCAGAAACUGCGAUUGGAAAUCGAUGCUCUACGCGCCUAGAACUUAUUUAAACUAUAAUGUUUACAUUAUAAGGAAACACUUGUAAAUGUCCGCAUAUUGACUUUGUGAAAACCGCUGUCUAGUUAGUUAUACAUAUGCAUGUAUAUCUAAAGGUGUCUGGUUUUAAAUGAAUAUCUAUAAUUUUGUAAAGUA